CAGAGCUGAGACACACACUUCACACAAUGGCUGGGGAUCAACGCGUUGUAAUCAGUGCUCGCAUUAUUGGAGCCGUGCACAGGGACACUCCUAAACUCAAGAUGUUCAUGAUUUCUGUGUUGUGGUCGGACAACACUGAAGUGAUCAUUUACAGGUCCUUCCAGGAGUUCAGGAAAUGCCAUAGGCAGCUGAAGAAGAGAUUCCCUAACAUGAACAUUUUCAAGAAAAAUAACAGAGUGAUCCCCAAAUUUAGAGGACAGGCCAGGAAGAGCAGCCAGAAGAAAGGAUCCAAGCGCUCCAUCCAACGCAUGAAGUUCCUGGAGAGCUACUGCGAAAAACUUCUGAAGUGCGAUCAAAGUGUGACACGGACCCCAGAGGUGACUCAGUUCUUCAUGCCCAAAGAUCACGACCUGCAGCCAGACUUCACCAAGAACAGCAUCAUGAUCCUGAUGUCUAAUGAUCUGCCUGAUGGAGGAGAAGAAGUUUCUCACCAGCCUACAGGCAGCGUCACUCACCCAUUUGUCACCCAGACUUACUCCUGCGUGGCCGCCUACGAGACAAAAGAUACCAAGAAUCGUCCGUUUAAGGUCGCUAUGGGCGAGAAGCUGGACGUGCUGAUCAAAGAUCCUGCAGGUUGGUGGCUGGUUGAGAACGACUCAAAGGGUUUGGCUUGGUUUCCUGCUCCCUACCUGCAGUUAUUGGACGGAGAGGAUGAGGAAGACUCUGUAUUCCAGAAUGCAGGUGACCUGUACUGUGCCGUGAGGAGUUACACAACGAAGCAGCACGACGAGGUGUCUGUGCCCAUCGGCUCCGCGGUGGAGGUGCUGAGGAAGUCUCACGACGGCUGGUGGCUCGUCAGAUUCAAUGGCAAGGCAGGUUACAUCCCCUCCAUGAACCUUCAGCCCUAUAACAACCCUCGGGCCGGCCUCUACAGCCUGCAGAGGAAGCUGCACAGCUCCGCCCUGAACCUGGCCUCCAGCAGGGAGGCUCCGGCUUCACGUCGAUCCAGCGAUAACACCGGUCUGCGAAGUGAUUCUGCAAUUCAAUUCAGAGGGCAUCUCCACAAGGCCCGAUCCCUGGACGUCCUCUCUGAGACCCGGACGCAGAUGGAGAGGGAUACAGAAGAAGCCCGAGCACGAAGCAUGAGCAACACAAGCACCGAUACCAGCUUCUCAGACUUCGAAUCCACAUCCAACUUAGCAGACAGAGGAAGUCCUUUGGCAUCGCCUCGGCAAAGCGACAGCAACAUUGAUCUCAGCCUCUUAGACCGGUGUGGCUCCGAUACCAGUGACGAGAGGUCUGAAUCUGCAAGCUCCAAUGUUUCUAGGAGAUCAUCAGUCGUUCCCCAGGUGCCUGCUCGACCCAAAACAGAGGAGAUCCUGACCCGAUGCUCCACCAUGACCCGAAAGGCAGCUCUGGCCAACAAGACCCGGCUCCACAGUCAGCCGGAGGCCAUCCACCGCUGCUAG